UUGGCCCAGGCCGGUGUGUGCACGCGCGCUCUCCCGCCGGGCGGUGCCAGGCUCCAGAUUCCCGAGGAAGCCGCGCUCCCUGUCUGGGGCUCCUCCGGCUUCCCAGCCCGCGACUCAGUCUCGCUUUUUCAAGAUGGUGGCGGCCAAGCUGGACGUCGCUGGGGCUGCUCCCGCCUACUUCCGUAGGGCCAGACCUUUGCCUUCUCUGUUCACAGUCUUGGCACUGGGCUAUUUGGCGUUGGCUGUCUUCUGGCCUCACAGCAUCCCUUAUCAGAGCCUGGGGCCACUGGGCUUCUUCACAAAAUACUUGGUGGACCACCAUCACACCCUUCUGCACAGAGGGUAUUGGCUUGCCUGGCUGAUUCACGUGGGAGAGGCCCUGUAUGCCAUGGUGUUGUGCAAGUAUAAAGGCAUCACGAAUGUUCGGGCUCGACUGUUGUGGUUCCUGCAGACUUUUGUCUUUGGGAUAGCAUCUCUCUCAAUCUUGAUUGCUUACAGACCAAAACGCCACAAGCAGACUUGAAGCAGAUACGUGACAGUUGCAUCUGUCCUUGCCAUUCAGCCUCACCUUUUUGGGUGCUGUUGUGUUCACUCGAUCCUCUGCUUCCUAGAAAUCGAAGACCCUCUUUUUAGUGAUUCUUCUUUCUCAUGAUUUUUGUUGUUGUUCAGCCUGAAUAUGUAACAGGAAGAAUAGAACCUUGUGUUGUUUCAGGCUUGCCUUACAGCAGAGGUUUGCUCAUUACCUUCUCCAGGUCCUUGGCUAUCCUGGUGUUUUCUGUCAUCUGGUUUAAAACACAGACAUCGUAAUUGGGUGGUAGCGCAGUGGGUUAAGAGUAGGUGGCGCAAAGCACAAGGACUGGUGUAAGGAUCCUGGUUUGAGCGCCUGGCUUCCCACCUGCAGGGGAGUCUCUUCACAGGCGGUGAAGCAGGUCUGCAGGUGUCUUUCUCUCCUCCUCUCUGUCUUCCCCUCCUCUCUCCAUUUCUCUCUGUCCUAUCCAACAACAACAACAUCAAUAACAACAACAAUAUUAACUACAACAAUAAAACAACAAAAGGGAAUAAAU